AGUAACUCGUAACGGUUGAAUCCCCCUCCUUUCAUCUUCUUUACUCUCCCCCUUCCCCUUCCUCUUCCCCCACCAUCCCUCCCACCCUAGCUAUGGCUUCGCUUAACCCAGGAAUCCUCCUAAAGCUUCUCCAAUCCAUGAAUUCGCCGACGCGCGUCACCGGUGACCACCGCUCGGCUCUCCUCCAAGUAAUUGGUAUUGUCCCUGCUCUCGCUGGCUCCGACCUAUGGCCCAACCAUGGCUUCUACGUUCAACUCUCCGAUUCCCUCAACUCCACCUACGUCUCUCUCUCUGAGCGCGACACGGAUUUGAUCCUCUCAAACCGGCUCCAGCUAGGUCAGUUCGUUUACGUUGACCGCUUCCAUUUUGACUCUCCCGUGCCACGUGUCUCCGGCAUCCGUCCCAUUGCAGGUCGCCACCCUUUCGUUGGUUCUCCUGACCCUCUCAUUGCCCGCAUUUCGUCUUCCAAAAGGGAAUUCGUUAUACAACCCGUUUCUGAAUCCGAAUACUCCGUGGAUCCGAUUGCGGUUUACUUGUCUAAUAAGAAGUUGGAUCAACAGCAGAUUUCAACUGAGAAUAAGGAUACGAAAACUGAGAAGUCCAGAGCAAGGCAGCCUCUCGCUCCGAGAGAUAAUGUGAAAGUUAAUGAAAAUUCGGAACACGAAUCCAAGGUUCCAGAAAAGCCUCCGCAAAGAUUUUCGUCACCGGCCACCGCCAAACGUUCUGGUUCAGCUGUUAAGAAGAUCAAUGCGGCGGUUGUGGAAAGAGAUCCAUCUCCGGCGGGGAAGGGGAAGAGAUCUGCAUCUCCGGUACCGUCAAAAUGCGUGGUACCGAGCUUGGUUGCAGCUAAGGAAGAUAAUAGGAAAGUGGCGAGAGAGCCAGCUAUUAUAGUACCGUCGAGGUAUAGGCAACCUUCGCCUAACGGAAGGAAGCAAGCAUCACCAGGUGCUCGUAGAGCAUCGCUUUCUCCAGGGAGGAGGUUGUCUGGGGUAUUGAAGGUCUCGCCGGCUGUUGGGGAUUCGAAGAAGAAGAUGGCAACGAUUGUUGCUGGGAUUUCGAAGGUGUCCGAAGCUCUGGUGGGGUCGGCAAAGAGUAGUAGGAAAGGCUGGGAUGACCAGCUGGAGAAAGAUUCAGGGGAACACAAGGAGAAAGCUUCUGUCAAGUCCAAGCCGGAUCUGCAAGCAAUCUUGCGGACUCAGGCGGCCAUUUCAAGACGUUUAAGUGAUGUACAUAGUCAAAAAUCCAAUGAUGAAAAUUCUUCUAGCAAUGAGAAAACGAAAGCUAGCUCACCUGAAGAUGGUUCGGCCCCAGAGAAAGCAACAUCUGCGAAUGGGGCGGCAGGAGUCACCAUUCAUGAAAAGAAAUGGACCGAUGGCAGUGUUGCAUGGGAUACCAUUUCUGCUGACCUUGCAAAGCUUGGAAAGGAGGCUAUGCAGAGGAGAAUUCUUGCCUCCAAAGCUGCAGCAGAGGCAUUGGAAGAGGCCAUUGCUACAGAGUCAGUUGUCAGGAAUUUAAGCAUGUUUUCUGAACUCUCCUCUAAAUCAAAGGCUGGGAAUCCGUUGCCUACAAUCGACAAAUUUUUAUCUAUUUAUAAUGAUGUUGUGAAGUACACUGGGAUUGCUGAGACUGUUGCAACUAGCAACAGUUCUAACACAGACAAUGCCUCCAAAUCUUCUUCUCUAUGGGUUGAAGUUGCAUUGGCUACUGAUCUUGAGAUACUCUCCCUUCUAACCCCACAAAACAAUGAAUCUCCAUCAGCUCUGCAGAAAAGUUUGUCCAAAACCCAACUCAAAACUAGUUCAUUGCCACAGCUGGAACCUAUUGCUACAAUAUGGACCAGUGGUCAAGGAAUGAAAGAGACGGUGCAAUUUGCAUUGAACUUGAAAUCCGAGAUGGAAAUUUGGUUUCUUCGCUUCAUCGAGGAAUCAUUGGAUGCUGGUUUCCGGAUGCUCGGUGAGUGUGCAGCAUCAAGUGGUGGUAGCAAAGCAUUACCAUUGGACUGUGGCUCCAUUGCAGGCGUUUUAUCACAGUUAAAGCGGGUCAAUGAUUGGUUAGACCAGGCAGUUUCAAGAGGGGAUGAACCGUUGAUAGACAAAGUUGAGAAGUUGAAGAGGAAAAUCUAUGGGUUUGUCAUUCAACAUGUUGGAAGCACUUUUGAUAAUUGCUCCAAUAUUUCUUCAUCAUCUUGAUUUAUUGGUCUUUUUUCGUUUUUCCUUUUUUUUUAAAAACUAGAAUGUUCAUCUGUUUGUAUUACUUCAGUUUCUGGAUAAAGUUGAUCCGCGUGGUAAUUCAGACAUGUAUUUCGGUACAUCAAAA